UCAAAACUCUGGGCCUUUUCUUUCUGCCUUUGCCUAGUUCGACUCGACUCGACGCACACACUGACAGCCUAAGCACACCACUGAAAUUAGGGUUUCACAGAAACCGCCGACCACCGUCUCCUCUCUCACCGUUUCCCUGUUCCGUUCGAUUUUCAGAUAGCUGUUUGUUUGGUAAUUUGGGAAGGAAUAAAAGGAUUGCAAUAUGGAGGACGACUGGGAAUCAGAAGAUUUUAAACCUUCAGUUUCCCUUACUAAGGAGCCAGUGGUAAAAGGUAACUGGGAUGAUGAAGAUGCGGAUGAAAAUGACGUGAAGGAUUCGUGGGAGGAUGAAGCUGAACCUGCUUCUCUGGCAUCUGAACCAAAGGCUCCUGCUGAAAAGGCACCCAAGAAAUCUGCAGCAAAGGCUGCAGAAAAGAAAGGUAAAUCUGUUGAAGUAGAAAAGGAAGAGCCACUAGAUCCCCUGGCUGAGAAACUUCGUCAACAAAGACUCGUGGAAGAAGCAGAUUAUAAGGCCACUAAAGAACUGUUUUCUACUAGAGGUGAAGAGAAGACCAUUGAUAAUUUUAUUCCCAAAUCUGAAAGUGACUUCCUGGAAUAUGCUGAGCUCAUUUCACAUAAACUUCGUCCAUUUGAGAAAAGCUUUCAUUAUAUUGGUCUACUUAAGGCCGUAAUGAGACUUUCUAUGACAUCUUUAAAAGGAGCAGAUGCUAAAGAGGUUGCAUCUUCAAUUACGGCAAUUGCAAAUGAGAAGAUAAAAGCUGAGAAGGAAGCUAAUGCUGGUAAAAAGAAGACAGGUGCCAAGAAAAAGCAGCUUCAUGUUGAUAAGCCAGAUGAUGAUAUUGCUGUUGACGGCUAUGAUCCCCUCGAUGACUAUGACUUCAUGUGAGUGUCUUGGUGUAACAAGGUUUUUGUCCGUACAGGGACCUGUAUUUUGAAGUAGGGAUUCAACCAAAAGAAAGAAAAAUCAUUGGUGUUGGGAUUAAAUUCCUUCGGCAUCCCUCUCAACAGAGAUUGAUUGAUGAUGAUAUGAGUGGUUAUUUAUUUUGUUAAAUAAGAGUGUCAAAUUGGUUCCUUUUCUUUUGUGAUGGUCAAUUUUGUGCCAGAUAACUUCGAUUGCGUAUACUUGAAGCUCAUGCACUUGGUCCUUAUAAUAUAUGGCUAAAGUUAUCUGG